AUGUCGCCCUGUCACCGCUUUACACAACUAUUUGUUGCCCAUGUGCAUAAUAAAAUGAGACAUCAAAAUUUUGAGGCUACCAUAGGCGAAAUAAGGAAAAGGUUCAGGAUUCCACGACUUCGAAAUCUGUUGAGAAAGACUACAUCAAAUUGCAACAUUUGUAAGAUUCGUCGUGCCGUUCCAGUAGCUCCUUUUAUGGGAUCGUUGCCAAGUGAUAGACUAACUCCAUAUGUCCGGCCAUUUACUUAUACUGGUGUUGACUAUUUUGGCCCAUUAAAUGUGACUAUUGGUAGACGCCAUGAAAAACGUUGGGUUGCCCUGUUUACGUGCCUUACAAUCAGAGCUGUACAUUUAGAAGUGGCCUAUGAUCUAUCUACUGAUUCGUGUAUUUUGGCUAUACGGAAUUUUAUAAAUCGUCAUGGCACCCCGUUGAAGAUUCGGAGUGAUAACGGAAAGAAUUUUGUUGGAGUUAACCAGGAAGCCCAGCGAUUUGAUGAAGUAUUUGAUCUGGUUAAAAUUGAAGAUGAGUUGUCCACAAGGGGCAUUGAAUGGCAGUUUAAUUGUCCACAUAAUCCUGCAGGUGGUAUAUGGGAGCGAAUGGUUCAAGGUUUUAAGAGUAACCCUAAAAGAAGUCCCCCCAAAAGAGCACACCUUGCAAAGUUUUUAAUUGAAGCCGAAAACAUCGUGAACUCUCGCCCAUUGACUCACUUGCCUGUCAGUCCGGAAGACGACGAACCAUUGACGCCUAAUCAUUUCUUGUUGGGUUUUGCAAAUACGGCUCAAACGACAGAAGGUAUUGAAAUUACAAAGCCAGUGGUACUGAAGAAGCAGUGGCGAAUUGCUCGACAGCUACGAGAUCAUUUUUGGAAAAGAUGGAUUGUGGAAUAUUUGCCCACACUUACAAGACGGUCCAAAAAGCCUGUGGCCCCGGGAGAUCUUGUACUAAUUUGUGAUCCAGCUGUUUCCCGUCGAGAUUGGAAGAGAGGUCGUGUCGUAAAUGUGUUUCCUGGCAGUGAUGGUGUAAUCCGAAGAGCUGAUGUCCAAACAAGUAGUGGAAUACUUAAACGCCCAGUUUGCAAACUAGCAGUCCUUGAUUUAGAGUAG